UUGACGGGAGAAAGAGAGAUGAACGCGGAGGAUAUAUACGGAAGAGGUGGAGAAGCAUGAUCGAAUACGGGUCCUCUACGUUCACUAGUAUUUUUGUUCGAGUUCAUUACAACUUCUCGAUGAAAAACGCUCAUAGAUCAGCAGUUCAGAAACAGAAAAAAUCAAUAAGAUCAUAAUAAAAUGUUGGACCGUGGUCUCUUGCUCCUCGGUUCCUUGACCGGAACGUCUGCCUUGCUCCUACGAGAUGCUCCAAAAAAUUUUACAAGGGUAGAUUUGCCUGAAACACCAGCUGGAAUCGCUACAGACGUCGCGGAUUCGAUGGACGCAGACAAACUCGUCGUCUGCGAAGAUGAUGAUGUACCAGUUAUUGAUAACUAGUAGUAAUCGGGGUAGUUCUGGAAGAUGGAGGUCACUUGUAGUUUUUAUGUCCUUGAGAAGCCUGGCUGUGAAUAUUCCAAGUUAUUUUUGUUAAGAACGAGCUCUUCGCGGUUGAUACAACUACUACUGCCUACCACUACUACUACUGCCUACUACUAUUACCACUACUAGCACUAGUUGCUGCAGAACAGAGAGGUGAAGACAACAGGCGCAGGAGUAAGACUGGCAAGUAAUCGACACGGUGCUGGAUAAGCAAAUUAUGCUCUCGCGGUCGCUCCUGGUGCCACAAAACAAUUUAAUACUUGAGAUGACAGUAGUGCUAGUACGCCGGGAAGGGAAAGAGACCACUCGAUAGUACUACCAGGCAGUAGGUUAGGAAUCAAAUUUGAACCUUAGCACCGCCACGAUGCUGGACUUAACCACAAACAACAGACAUGCGGAGAUCGCAGGACAACUACAGAACCUCUGCCUCAGCACAGUCGGCGUUGAUAUGAAAAUACGUAUGAUCUACGUGUACCGGAACAAUAUGAACAACAAUGACCACCCGAUAUAAAACAUCCUCAUCCACCAGUAUAAAUAUGAUUCAAAGAGGCAAUUAUAUAUCAAUUUCCACGUCGAACCAACAUCACAAAAGGUUCCCUUUCCGACGAAAGUGAUUUUUAGCACUAUUAUGGGAUGCAACAGGCCAGCGCCAGAAACAGAGGAGGAUGCAUUUGCGCUGUGCGACAAAUACAAUGAGGGCGGAUGCGAUAACGAGUAAUGACUAUGACAACUUUUAAAUCUAGGACUAGCUACUUCUACUUCUAGAUAAUCGAAAUGGAAAUCAAAUGGGAAGUGAGAUACAGGCAGCUAAUACUCGACGAAAUUUCAUCAAAUCUUCUAUCCUACAGGGAAAUCGAAUCUAUUGUAGUACAGAUACUCAACAAGAGCCCACUGCCACUGGUUAUUUCGAUUUCAAUUAUCUUGCUUUACAACUACAGGGUCUGCCACGAUAUCUGCCAUGAAAUGUUCAGCUCAAAAGAGCACUAUAAAGGGUGCAAAUGCACAGCAUGGGGCGAAACCAAGAGCUUCAAGGACUAUUCUGGAGGUAACUAUUACAUGAUUGGUUUUUUAGAAGAAGAUUUAGACUUUUCAGAUUUCGAUUCUUGGCAAUUCCAACAAGAACCAAGUGAAGAUUAUCAUCUCAUCUGUCACCCUCUAGAUUCCAUGAUAUUGAUCAUCACCUCCUUCGUUUCGGCUUUCAAGGGCAGCAAGGUCGUGGAGAGAGAUAAAAAGCGAACGGUGGAAGAAGAAGCGGCCAGCCGGAAAAUGGAAAACUAAGCUGAUUGAUACUCGCUUCGCGAUUAAAUGAUCCAACAUUGUACUCCCAACACACCUCCUGCUGCAUCUUCCGUUCCAUCCUUGCACACAUCACGCACAGGUGCUCCUUGCCCACUAAAAGUGCAGCCGCGAUGCUACAUGGGCACGCUCUACCGCAGUGAGUGUGAAGCCUUCCACGCCAACGAGGGUAUCUCCGCAGCCGAUAUGACCGUGGUGCCGAAGGACGCCUGGCCUAAGGGGGACACCACGGCCAUGAAGGAGAGCGACGAGGCAUGCGUGUAGUUGUUGUUGUUGAAAGAGAAAGAGCUUUGUUGUUGUGACAUGCGUGUAGAUGUCGAUGCUUUUCUAGCUUUAGUUGUUGUUGUUGUUAGAUGUCGAUUUAGCUUUAGUUGUUAUUGAAAGAGGAACUUUGCUGUUGUUGUUGUUGUUGAAAGAGAGAGAAAGAGGAACUUUGCUGUUGUUGUUGAAGGAGAAAGAGGAACUGAAUGUCUGGGGAUCUAGAUUUUGAACUUACCACAACACUGAAGAGAGCAUGUCAUACGACCACAUUGAACAGAAAGAAUAUGCUUUCCUUUUUAGCAGAUAACAUUUAACGACUCGCAUUCGACCACAAAAAUCAACGCAUACGCAUCAUCGAGAGCACACACCUGUUCAGAACUUUUGUUUUCUAGGACUCCUGCUUGUUUUUUCCAGUAUUGUAAAGAUUGAUGUUUACACUAUGCAUUAUUGACUCCCGUUUUUCCUGUUUUUUUCCACGUUAAGUACGAGUGUCUCUCAUGUCUCAAAGCAAAACUCCUGCUAAGACUCCUCUGGAAUUUGUGUAAUGACGGUGCAUGAUGUCACGUCGUGGUGCGCUGAUUGAUGUGUUGUCGUCUGGCAUAGAGUGGUGAAUUGCCUGAGACCAAGAAAUCUCUAGAAUUUUGAAAGGUGGCAGUAGAGACAACUAAGAUGUAAG